UUUAAAGGGGCAGACAUGGCAACGGGACUGACAGCUGAUUGAUAGCUGGACGAGCAGAACGAGCGCUCGUUCGGCGUUUAUCGCUGCUUGUCACAUGUCGGCUGCGCGAGAUGAGAUCCUUGGCAGUCACCUUGUCAUGACAACGGACGCCGAGCAAGGAUGUCGAGAAAGCACGGGAGCAAAAGCAACGUCGACUACAAGGCGCGGCUCGAGUACAAGCUGUACUUGGCCAGGGAAAAUCCGGAACCGGUGUUCGACGUGUCGGAAUGUGCCUUGAAGAACGUGCCAUCGGGCAUCUAUUCGCUUUGCAAGGUGUUCCGGAAAAAGAUCUUGCUAAUGUACGAUAACAAGCUGAGCUCACUCUUGGGUGGAGGUGCCUUAAGCGACUUGUCCCUAUUGACUGUCUUAGACAUUCACGGAAACGAGUUUACCGCAUUACCCUCUGACAUUAAGUAUCUCUCUUCCCUCAAGGAGCUUCAUUUGCAAGACAACAACAUCCGCAAACUGCCCAAUGAGAUAACGUACUUGAAUAAGUUAACAAUUUUGAAUGUCUCGAGGAACAAUCUGAAACAGCUGCCCGACGGCAUCGGGCAGUUGCAGCAACUCAGCACUCUCGACAUUAGUCACAAUAAAUCGCUGCACAAGCUGCCCAAAUCUCUAGGAUACGCACAGCAACUGGCGAGUUUAAAUAUCGACGGAUUAAAUCUGUCGUAUCCGUGUCAGGACAUUUUAGAAGGCGGCACGAUAGUGAUUAUCGCGUUUCUGGCGAACGAGAGCGGCAUCGAGUACUCGCCGGAGAAUUCGAUAUCGGAGACCGAUAUUUCAAGGGAUAUGAGUUCGGAAGACAUGCAGACGGUAUACCAUAAUAAGACUAACGACGUACAGGCAGCAUUACAGAAGCUAAACAAAAUGAAGGAACAUCGGCAAACUGCCUUGUUGGAAGUAGAAAAAAAUAUAAAGCAACAACAAGAAUACGAAAUGGAGGUGCAAUCCGUACUCAAAGCUCACAGGAAGAAGCUUUUGGAGGAUGUAGCGUUACAGCAAGUACAAUUGGAGCAAGAACUUGAGAAAGUUCAACAGGAAAGGGACACGAAUAGAGCGCGUUUACUCUCAUAUAUUUACAACGCGGAGAAAGAAGCUGACAACGUGAUUAAAGAAUUUCUGAAAAAUAGCGAGGAAGACAGACAGAGUCAGGCCGAGUUACUGGAGCGGGAGAAGCAGGAAGAGAUGCAACUACUAAGUUCCUGCCACUCGGAACAGUUCAUGUUACGUACGAAAGACACUCUGUUUGCAAUGGAAAAACUAUUGGAGGAGGAAAUGUGCCGAGCGAGGAAGUGGGAAGAGCAUACCAAAACCAGAGAUUACAACGUACAAUCCUUGCUCACACUGGAGGUGAGGAACAAUGACCAUUUGGCACAGAUAAUGCAUGAUCAAGAAAAAAGCAGGCAAGAUCUCGUUGACAGAUUACGACAGGACGAAGUGUUGCAGAAAGCGGCAGUAGCCGCGUUAUUGGAACGGAGCGAUGCGCGCUCUUGGAGCAUUAUUCAACAAAUGAAUCUGGUGCAGUCGCAAUUGGCUGCGCUCACUAAUAUUGAACUCGAGAGGAGAAAGUUGGAGAUUAACCAGCAACUUAAUGAGAUCGCCGAUAGACGCGUGACUUUAACAGCCAUUCUGAUCGACUUGUUGAAACAGCAAACGAAUAGAAGAGAGCAACUAUUGGAGACAAUCAAUACGAUAGAGCAACAGCGAUGCAUCUCCAACUUGAGACGUGGCAGUUUGUUCUGGCUAAUGCAAUAUCAAUCUUUGAUGGAAGCUCGACCGCAAGGACUGUUAGAGAUGUUGGAACCUAUGCUGGUUCGACAUGUGGCAAUAGCAGGAGCUUUGCACUGCCUUCCAUUCCUGGCCACUUUACCAUCUUUACUACCAGACAUUAGUGACGAACAGUUAAAAAAUAUUGGCAUAAGUUGCGAAAGUGAUCGCGCUGCCAUAAUGCUGGCAGUUGAGAAUUAUCUGGCAGAAGUUAAAAUGAACGAUGCCAGAUCACCUACAACAGCUUCUGCACCUCUUGAGGAGGCAUCAACUAGCGAACAAGACUACAGUUCUAUUCAGAAUGUCAACAUGAUCGAAUGCGUAAUCUGCCUCGAUUUGCAAUGCGAAAUAAUUUUUCUACCUUGCGGACACUUUUGCUGUUGCUCCGCUUGCGCGGAGAAAGUUCCUGCGGAAUGUCCAAUGUGCCGGAGUUCAAUAGAACGCAAAGUUCGAGUUGUACAGCCUUAAAUUCACAAAACUCAAUUUUACUCGGCUUAUUCACAAAUACUCUUUCGACUUGAUGCUUCUCACGGGUCAACAUUUCUUCCUGGUCUGUGAUUACACGCACGUCAACAAACUAUUUCCAUAACAGUGGAAAGAGUAACGCCCACAAGUUAUAUUGACCACUGAUGCUCAUGAAUGUCGAUAUACAGGAAAUAUAUUACUAUAUAUUGCAACUCACAAAAUUGAUCACAUGCAUUUGAGCAAUUUUGUGAGCAACUAGGUUUUUUACUACGACAUCUAACCGUUUUCCAUCGGAAAUUCUUUGAUCAGUUUGAUAUCGACGUAGCAAGGUAAUCGAAACAGCAUUCCAUGAACACUCACUUUAACAAUCUUUUUACAUGUACUCAUUUAUACGGUAGAUGUGAUAAAUCAACUUUCCCAAAAAUAUUAUUGAA